CCAGCUGAAGGCUCGGGGAUCUCGGCUUAUACUCGUUAAAGGCGACCCCACCAUAGUGAUUCCGAAGCUGGUAAAACAGUGGGGAGCGAAGACGCUGUGCUUUGAGUUCGACACCGAGCCAUAUGCCCUGGCUCGGGAUGACAAGAUCAAGGCAAGCAUGCAGGAAGCUGGGGUGCGGGUGGUAACGCCAGUCAGCCACACCAUCUUUGACCCAGCUGAAAUUAUCAACAAGAACGGAGGCAAACCGCCCCUCACUUACCAGGCCUUUUGCAAGCGAAUAGGACAACCCUCACCGCCCGUUGGACCCGCUCCAGACAAACUACCGCCCGUGCCACCCCACCUUGCUCAUCGCGUGACUAUACCAGGAGAGGGAAUAAAAGCAGAAACGGACCCAGAUCCAGCACAAGCAAUAGAGGAAGCUCAGAAGUAUGACUAUAUUGAGGUCUUUGAAGCGGUGCCUACAUUGAGCGAGCUUGGCUACUCGGAUGCAGAGGCUUUCCCAAAAGAGGACGUCACUCCUUUCAGAGGUGGGGAGACAGAGGCUCUACGCAGACUUGACGACUGCCUCUCACGAACGAAAUGGGUGAAAGAGUUUGAGAAACCCAAGGGCGAUCCCUCCGCCCUCGACCCACCUGCCACCACGGUUCUCUCUCCCUACCUUAAGUUUGGCUGCCUCUCCUCGCGUCUCAUGUACGCUCGCAUUCAGGAGGUGCUUUCCAAACAGCCCGGCCACACAAAGCCGCCGGUGUCCCUGAUAGGACAGCUGCUGUGGCGGGAAUUCUUCUACACAGCAGCAUACGGCACACCCAACUUUGAUCGCAUGCAAGGCAGCAGCAUCUGCAGGCAGAUUCCCUGGAAGGCAGAUCCUGAGCUGUUGGUCGCGUGGCGAGAUGCGAAAACCGGCUUCCCCUGGAUCGAUGCCAUCAUGGUUCAGCUCCGCCAGUGGGGGUGGAUGCACCAUCUGGCGCGCCACUGCGUCGCGUGCUUCCUCACUCGAGGCGAUCUGUUGGUACACUGGGAGCUGGGGCGAGACGUGUUCGACCGGCUGUUGGUGGACUCUGAUUGGGCCAUCAACAACGGCAACUGGCUUUGGCUCUCCGCCUCUGCCUUCUUCUCCCAGUACCACCGCAUCUACUCCCCUGUCACCUUUGGCAAGAAAUACGACCCCUCGGGGAAAUUCAUCCGCCACUUCCUGCCUGUUCUGAAAGACAUGCCGUCGCAGUACAUUUACGAGCCAUGGACCGCACCUCUGGCUGUGCAACGCAAGGCCAACUGCAUCAUUGGGAAGGACUUCCCUCGUCCGAUUGUCGACCACGCGGAGGCCAGUAAGCGGUGUCGAGAUGUAAUGGGGGCAGCCUACGCUGCAAACCGUGCGGCUGCCGGCGGUGCGAGCACAUCAGGAAAUCAGCCAGUUACCGCAACAACAGAUCCUGCUACAUCAAAUGAUCGUGCCGUAUCAAGAAAGUCUACAUUACAUGCCAAAGAAGGCAUUAGUGGUGAUGGGGUGGAUGUAGGAGGUAAUUCAAAUCAGAAGAGAAGACGGGGUUCUGUUAAUAAGGAUGGUUCUCGAGAGAUUGAGAGAGGCGAGGGCAGGUCUGAUCCAAUGAAAAAGAAGCAGAAGAGAAUAGAUGAUAUGUUUAGAGGUUGA